AUGGCGCAGCUGCACGAGCGGCUGCAGGCGGCCAUGGGCUCCGCGUUUGGCGGGUCUUACGCCUCCAGCGAUCCAAUGCUCGCCGUGGCCACGAAGCGCGAGUUUGGCGACUUUCAGUGCAACGCGGCGCUUGCCCUGGCCAAGCCGCUCGGGAUGAAGCCGCGCGAUGCGGCGGCGAAGCUGGUGGAAGCGCUCGAGGUGUCCGACCUCUGCGAGGCGCCCGAGGUGGCCGGGCCGGGCUUCCUCAACCUGAGGCUGCGCAACGCGCUCCUCGAGCAGCAGCUGGCAGUCAUGGCGGCGGACGCCUCUGGCCGCUGCGCCGUCCCGCGAGCAGCGGAGCCGCUGCGCACCGUGGUAGACUACUCGUCGCCGAACAUCGCAAAGGAGAUGCACGUCGGCCACCUCCGAUCCACCAUCAUCGGCGACACGCUCGCGCGGCUGCUCGAGCUGCGAGGCCACCCCGUGGUGCGGCUCAACCACGUGGGAGACUGGGGGACGCAGUUCGGCAGCCCCUCCCCCACGGCCGGGCUGCGAGGAGGGAGGCGCAUGCUCAUCACUCACCUGCGGCAGACGGCGCCAGAGGUGGCGUCCGGUGCAGCGGAGGCGGAGCUGUCUGAUUUGGCGCCUGCCCCUCGCCCCGGCCUGGCCUCGCCCUGCCCGACCGACGCGGUCGCCUUCUACAAGGCCGCCAAGGCGCGCUUCGACGCGGAGGAGGACUUCGCCGCCGCCUCGCGCAGAGAGGUUGUCGCGCUGCAGAGCGGCGAUGAGGCGUCGCUCGCCGCGUGGCGAUCGCUCUGCGCCACCUCCGAGGCAGCCUUCUCCAAGGUGUACUCUGCGCUGCGAGUCGACGAGCGGCUCGUCACGCGCGGGGAGUCCUUUUACAACCCGCGCCUCCCCUCGGUCCUCGAGGACCUCGAGGCGGGCGGGCUGCUGCAGGAGUCGGACGGCGCUCGCUGCGUCUUCCUCGAAGGGUACACGAACCGCGACGGCGAGCCGUUGCCCGUCAUCGUCCAAAAGUCGGACGGCGGCUUCAUGUACUCGACGACCGACUUGGCGGCCAUCCGCCAGCGGGCGGCGGACGAGGAGGCGAGGCGCGUCCUCUACGUCACCGACGCCGGCCAGGCCCUCCACUUCCAGCAGGUCUUCGAGAUCGCGCGGCGGGCCGGAUUCGCGCCCGAUUCGGUCUCGCUCGAGCACGUCCCCUUCGGGCUCGUCCAGGGCGAGGACGGCAAGAAGUUCAAGACGCGCUCCGGCGAGACGGUCAAGCUCGCCGACCUGCUCGACGAGGCGCUGCGCCGCGCGCGCGCCGACGCGCGGCUCGAGGCGGAGGGGCGCGAGGAGGGGGAGGAGUUCGUGGCGCGCGUGGCGGCCGCCGUCGGCAUCGGCGCCGUCAAGUACGCCGACUUGGCCAUGAACCGGCAGUCAAACUACCGCUUCUCCUUCGACAAGAUGCUCUCCCUCACGGGCAACACCGCGCCCUACAUGCUCUACGCCUACGCGCGCGUCCGCGGCAUCCAGCGCCGCGCCGCCGCCGCCGCCUCGCUCGACGCGCCGGCCGCCGACUCGGCCGCCGGCUUCGUGCUGCGCGAGCCGGCCGAGGUGAACUUGGCGCGGCAGCUGCUGCGGCUGGGCCAGGUGGUGUCCGACGUAGAGCGCGACCUCCUGCCCUCCAAGCUGUGCGAGUACAUCUUCGAGCUCGCGGGAGACUUCAACCGCUUCUACGAGGCGCACCUGCCCAGCUCGCCCCCCGCGCCAGCCCUUCUCCGCCCCCUCAACGCCGCGCCGCGACGUGCGCUACUCGCGCUGUGCGAGCUCACCGCCGCCGUCCUCGCCCUCAACUUGCGAAUUCUCGGCAUCGAGCCCCUCGAGCGCAUCUAG